UAAAGAUUUUGCUUGUAGUUUUUGCAAUAAUAUACCUCAACGAUGCGGUUAAAGUCAACAUGCAAGGGUCAGUCAGCUUCGGUAAAGAAGUUAUAGAUACAAUAUCACAUUACAUGCGGAGAAACGCCGGCGCCGGCGCCGCUGCAUCGGCGUCGGGGCGACGGUCGAUACCAUUCUCUAAAGAAACCGACGUUAUUUACAUCAUUAUCCAAUCUGCAUACUUAUGUCGAGACCUCCAGUUUUGUGAGGGUGAAUUAGAGCUAUUCUUGAAUGAAUACAUUAUGGUACAAACGAAAUCAAUAGAAACCAUUUUUGAAGGAAUCUUUAACCAAAAACACCUGACUGACGAACAACCAAAAAUGGAAAAGCCGUUGAUAUUUGAAGAAUUGAAGAAAUGUUUACGCGAAAUAAGGAAACUACUCAGACACAUUAAUAUGAAAUUAAGAGUAGAAAGUAGUUCUUACUUGUGGGUUGAAGUUAUUAAAAAAAUAAGUGUUAUGUUUCAAACAGCAGCGAUUCUACUUGCCGCGGAAAGGAUUGAGGGCAAUCCUGACGAAAUAGAGCAGGUUAAGAAGAAAUUGACCCAGAAGACGGUCAUCGCCACUUCUAUAGUUGAGGGGAAGUAUGAGAGCAAGCUCUGUUCAGAAUAUCACGUAUGUGUCAAAGCUUUUGCAGUCACGAAGACCCUGGAGACAUUGUUAGGGUCGUUUAAAGAAAUGGAAGAGGAAAAUGUGAAAUUAUUUAUUCGUUAUGUUUCCGAAGCACUGCUGGAAACCAAAUUAUAUUCUCAUUUAACUGAAGAAACUUCUAAUGAGCUGCAGAUCAUACUGAACGAUAUGGCAUACUCCGACAGCGUGUCAGCGAAAGGAGUAUUGCUGUCUAUACACAAAGCUGUAGAAGACAGACUGAAUGCGUUACAGUUAAAGACACAUAUGGUGAACGGAAGAGACGUGGAGUUAGUUCAUGUAAUAUUGUCAGACAUGGAUCAUGUGUAUGGGAAAAGCAGCUUUGAUCCGUUCCAUUUGUUCAUGAAAAGUUUCUAUGGAUGGCAAAGGACAAGAAAACGAUUAAGCGGUCCGAUUCGAAGUCUACUCAAAGAUUUAACAGAUGCAAUAAGUGACCUCCCCGAAGAUUUAAGUUAUAAACUUAUCAACGAAGUAAGAGCCUUUUUAGAAAUAACAGUUGACCCCGAAUAA